CAGAGCUAGGCGCACAUUUCUCCUGCGGAGCUACAGCCCUCCCCCAUCUCUCUCUGAGCCUGGGCAGGACUGACCUUGGGUUACCUGUCCCAGAGCAAGAGUCCAUGGAGCUAGGCCCCCGAACAGGAGCAACCACUUUGGCCCACCUGAACAACAAGGAGGCCCAGCAGGACGCAGUCCCCUGGGGCGCUGCCUGCAACUCCCUGGACCCCUCCAAGUUCAAGUACCAGGUCCCCCUCUCCCCGGGGAGCACCCAAGGCAGCUCCCUGGAGUGCGGCCACCCGGAGAUCCCUCCUCCGCCUCCGAGCGCGGCCAGCCGGGACCCUCUGUGUAUGGACCCACCGCCGAGGGCCCUGAGAGGGGGCACAGAGGGGGCUCAGCCGAAUGAAGGCCCCAAAUCCAGGACCCAGGAGCACAGGGGGGCGCCCGUGAGCCGGAAGAGCAGUGCCAUUCCUGAGAACAUCCGCCACAAGUUCGGGAGCAAAGUGGUGGACCAGCUGGUUUCUGAGGAGCAGGCUCAAGGGGUCAUCGGUGAAGUCUUGGAGGGCCAGAGGAGGGCAAGCUCGUGGCCCAGCAGGACCAAGAGCUCUUCGGAAAUCUCCUCCAUCUUUUCAGACUACUAUGACCUGGGCUACAACAUGCGCUCAAACUUAUUUCAAGGGCCCCCCCAGGAGACCAAGAGUCUCAUGAAGGCCUCCUACACGCCAGAGGUGAUUGAGAAAUCGGUGCGAGACAUAGGCCACUGGCACGGCAGGAGGACGGACGACCUGGGACGGUGGCACCAGAAAAAUGCUAUGAACAUGAACUUGCAGAAAGCGCUGGAAGAGAAAUACGGAGAAAAGAGCAAAGCCAAGAACUUGAAGUUCUAGAGAGGCAGGAGGGCAGGUCCUGCUGGUGCUAAUAAAGGAAGGCACAGAUCUGA